CAUGGAUGCGAAUACUUGAUGUAAUACCAUGGUCAUACCUAUUUGGAAUGACUUAGUAUCGCCUCUACAUCUCAAGCUUGCAUUUUUUUCAGCAUCUCUUCUUUAACUGAUACAACUCAACAAACAUUAAAGACUAUCAACUUCCGCACCAACACUGGGGCGACAGUCGACAUCAAUCUCAGCAAUACAGGGACUACAGGAACAUGUCGCCUAAAGCAACCCAACGGCCUAGAGGUGGACCUAGCCACCCUCAAUGUGGUGGGGGUCACAGUUCAGCCGAGCAGCAAGUUUGUGUCUUGCCGCGUCACCAUUGGGCCAAUGACAGCGGCGCUUCUUGGCAGUUGGGAGCUGAUUGAGAACUCGGGACUUACUUCUCGAAUUCAACCUGCUACUAUCGCUUGGGCUGAUACCUCAAAUCCAUCAGCGGUAGCGCGACAAAGAGCCUUAAGUGGCGAACAACACUACAAAGUAGACAUCGGUGGUUCAAUCGUCGCCAACCUUCGCCGAGAGACCGGUACCUUCGAAGGUUGCUUCAUCACAGCCCCCGAUGGCACCACCAUGCCCUUGUCGGAAACCACUGACUAUCCAGGCAUAGCGUGGACUUCUAGAUCUAACUCCGUGAACAUUUGUAAUGUACAACUGGGGCCCAUUGAUGCAGAUAUGGUCGGGACAUGGAUGAUGAGGGGCUGGUUCAUCCAUAACGGGCUUUUAAUCGAGGCGCAACAACCUGUAGUUGUUCACGAAGAAGAUGGGAUCGAGCAUUUACCCGCAUUGGAAUAUCUGACCCACACUGGCCAAACUUACGACAUCAGCUUGAACCGAACAGUCAACCUCGCCACUUGCAUUUUAAUCGACCCUGCUGGCUCAGAACACACCCUUAGUACCGCCUCCACCAUCCCAGGAGUCGCCGUCUACAACGCCGACCAAUACGUCAUCUGCCGCGUGCGUAUAGGACCCAUGGAACAGAGUUUGAUAGGGGAAUGGACGUUGGUUCAGCAAAACACUGACGGCACGAAGCGUCGACAGAAUGCAGUUUUUCAAUGGGCUAAUCCUUCUAACCCAGAUGAAGAGUCCUGGUUUGUGAUCAACGAUGUUCCAAGCCGGCGUCAGAACAUUGCCCCGUAUUCGACAAUGGACGAGCAUAGGAGCCACAGUCGAUAUAAACUUGAACCAAACUGGAGUGGCAUCCACUUGCCGACUCCAGAUCCAGCGCAUUCCGACAGGGAUGCAAGACAACUGAUAAUUGCCCCCGAGUUAACACUACCCACCGACCUUGAAGGUACAGUAGAAGCGGGCGUCAGUCGAGAAAUGGGUACUUUUGAAGGUUGUUUCCUCACUAUCCCAGACGGCACCGUGAUCCCGAUAAUGUACAACACCUUCUACCCUGGAAUAAAGCUUGGCCAACCUUCUAGAAUUAUGAGUUGUACUGUUGAGAUCGGACCUGUGACUGCUAAGUAA